GUGAUGAGGUGGUGCAGGUCCCUCGGAUCAGCACUUUGCUUGCAGUAAAUUUGGACGAGAUGCCCUUGGAAGCUCAUUUUUGAGCAAGGUAAAAGACAGGGGUUAACUUGUAAAAUUAGACAUUUUCCCCUCUGCUUUUGUCACUGUUAGUCACGGUGAAGUGUAAGACAGAGCUUUCCUUGCCCUCACUUAGUAAAAUAAUUAUUUGUUGACUCCACACAAGUCCUUUGGACAGGACUCGUCUUUGCUCUAGUUAACCUGAAUUUUACUGUCUCUAUUACACACACACUUUCUGGCCCCAUCUGAAGUAAAACAUCACCUUGAGCUAGCUGUGCACUGUGGCAAGGUUUAUGACACUCAGAAACAAAUGUCAGAGGGAAAUCUGGUAUCAUAUCUCAGGACUUCCCAUUGUCUGUCCAGCAUAAACCCAUUUCAGCUGCAUCCCUGGGUGCUGGGUGCAUCUGUAAAUCCAGUAAGGCUGAGAUGGGCAGAUUUUGGCAGUAGAACUUGGAUAAGUCUGCCCUGGAGUAGCUGAGGCUUGUGUAGUGCCUCAGCUGUUGGAGCUGUGUUUCGUGGUUAUUCUGUCAGGUAUCUGAGUGUGUAUUUGUAUUUGAAAAUUAUUUACCCUUGCCUUCCUUCAUAGUUUAUGAAUUAUUUUUGAUAUUAUCUGUUGCACUUAACACAGAUGAAGCUGUAUUGAGCGGUCUUAGGCUGUUAAAAAUGACUGUUAAUGUGAAUAUUGAAUCACAGAGAUAAGGCUUUGAAAUAAUGUGGGGAAAUGCUGCUGCUUUAUGCACAGUAUGAUUGAAAAAUAAUGUCCUUACAGCAGCAGUGUCUGGAGCUUUUAAGUGUCCUCCUUGUGUGCAAUAAAUAAUGUUUACUGCCAGUUAAUACCUUUUACUCUUGUGUCUAUGCCUGUCUUGCCCAUGGGGAUGGAAAAAUGCUUCAGCUUCUCUCUCCUGGGACCUGCCUUUCACUCAGAACUAAUGUUGCCUUGCUCUUUUUCUGCUUCCCGCUCGUCAGGAUUUGGUGGGCUUGAAACUGCAAACUCCACUGCCAGUGGGUUUAAUUUUGGGGGUUUCGGAUUAACUGCUAAUCCCGCGGUGAAUUUUAAUAUUGGGAAUUUCGGUGUUUCCACUACCUCAACUCCACCUUUCAAUUUUGGUAACAGUCUGGCAAGCGCAGGUGCCUUCGGAGGCUUUGGGACCACCACCACCAGCGCGGCACCGGCGUUCAGCUUCUCUGCUCCCACCAAUACUGGCACUGGCGGACUCUUUGGUGGUACCCAGAACAAAGGCUUUGGAUUUGGUACCAGUUUUGGCACAGGAACUGGAACUGGCCUGGGUAGUGGGUUGGGAACUGGGCUAGGCUUUGGAGGCUUUGGAACCCAGCAGCAGCAGCAGCAGACCACGUUAGGUACUGGGUUGUUCAACCAGCCUGCCCAGGCACCCGCUCAGUCCAACCAGCUCAUCAACACAGCCAGCGCCCUCUCGGCCCCGACGCUGCUGGGAGAUGAGAGGGAUGCCAUUCUGGCCAAGUGGAACCAGCUCCAGGCCUUCUGGGGCACGGGCAAAGGGUACUUCAAUAACAACAUCGCUCCGGUGGAGUUCACGCAGGAAAACCCCUUCUGCCGGUUUAAGGCUGUGGGUUACAGUUUAAUGCCCAACAACAAAGAUGAAGAUGGCCUCGUGGUCUUGGUGUUUAACAGAAAAGAAGCAGAUAUUCGAAGCCAGCAGCAGCAGCUCGUAGAAUCACUACACAAAAUUCUGGGAGGAAACCAGACCCUCACUGUCAAUGUCGAAGGAGUUAAAACAAUGCCCGAUGACCAGACAGAAGUGAUCAUUUACAUUGUGGAGCGCUCCCCCAAUGGCACCUCGAGGAGAGUUCCUGCCACAACCCUCUAUGCCCACUUUGAGCAAGCCAACAUCAAAUCAUCCCUGCAGCAGCUGGGGGUCAGCCUGUCCAUGGCCAGGACAGAGCUGUCUCCAGCACAAGUCAAGCAGCUCCUGCAGAACCCUCCUGCCGGGGUUGAUCCUAUUAUAUGGGAACAAGCCAAAGUUGAUAAUCCCGAUCCUGACAAGCUUAUUCCUGUGCCAAUGGUGGGUUUCAAGGAACUGCUGAGAAGAUUGAAGGUCCAGGAUCAGAUGACCAAACAGCAUCAAACUCGAUUAGAUAUAAUAUCAGAAGAUAUCAGUGAGCUGCAGAAAAACCAAACGACAACUAUGGCAAAAAUUGCACAAUACAAAAGGAAACUGAUGGCGCUUUCACACAGAACCUUGCAGGUGCUAAUAAAGCAGGAGAUCCAAAGGAAAAGUGGUUAUGCCAUUCAAGCAGAUGAGGAGCAGCUUCGUGUACAGUUGGAUACAAUUCAGUGUGAACUUAACGCACCCACGCAGUUCAAGGGCAGACUGAAUGAACUCAUGUCCCAGAUCAGGAUGCAGAACCACUUCGGAGCAGUGCGGGCUGAAGAGCGCUAUUACAUAGAUGCAGACCUCUUAAGGGAAAUCAAGCAACACCUGAAGCAGCAGCAAGAAGGGCUGAGUCACCUAAUCAGCAUCAUCAAGGAUGAUUUGGAGGACAUCAAGCUAAUAGAACACGGGCUGAACGAGAGCAUUCCCAUCCGAGGGGGAGUCUUCAGUUGACUGGUGGAUGUUUACACAGAACAUGGUAGCGGAGUUCAUGGCUCACCUUCCAAGGCUGAAACUGUUGAGGUAAAAUAAAAUACAUAUCUUGUAGGAGCAAAAUGGUAUUUUGUCUGUUACUUGUAGAAUUAGCAAAGCCUCUUCUAAGCUUUUAAAAUUGACCUUUGGAAGGUUUAUAUUUUAUAAAGCUGUAUAUGCUUUAACAAAAGAAGGAGAACUGAAUCUGUUCAGAUACCAUUUUACUACAAAACUAUAUGUACUAUUGUACAUUUUUUCCUUUUUUCUUUUUUUACAACAGCCUUGUCCUAAAAAAUGCAGACCUGAGGGGAUUGUUACUAAUUACUCGGUUUGUGGAAAGCUUAGCCUGCUUUCAUGUUUCUGUCAGAACAAUCAAGUAGCACCAUUGUGUAAACAGCUAAUUUAAAUCAUUACAGAGAUCUUUGUUGCUGUAACUAUGUUGUUCUCUGCUCUACCAGUCAAUUACUGGGGCAAGCUGCAGAAAGUUUAUGUUUCCAGUUUCUGUCCUUCCUUUGGACUGCAAGGAUCUGAAGGUUAUGUUUUGAUCACUUUACGUAUAUGAAUUAUACAAAGCUUUGCUGCCCCUCUAAGUAACAGUAUGUCUGGACGUUGUCUUCUGCCUUUUUUAAAUCACCCAAGAGUAAUAAAUUGUCUGACUUUGUAACA